CUUCGAGGACGAUGUUCAAAGAGCGCCGCACGAAACGAAUUGGCACUGCGCAAUUGCGCAACAAGACGAUACUUGGGGGACCUGUGGACGGCGGGGAGCGUAAGUGGAGUAAAACGUGAACGCAGUUUUUCGGACCCGGUGUUGUGCUGUGUGAUUUUAAAGAACAUUUUCAGCGGUAAAGUUGAUGGGUCCCUCGUUUUUUCGGCAAAUUAAAGGGAGGAGGCAGCCAAUCGAUCGCGCUCCGUUUUGCGCGACCAGGCGUCUCGCGUCUUGGAAACACAUCUGCAAAGCAGCUGUGUGACCAUGCAUUAGGGCAAUAUGUGCAGGUGUGUUGAAAGUGCCGUCACCUGCCAGGGGAUCUGAGAGCUGGACGCACCAUGCACACAGUGGAGGUCGUGGUUUCUCUCCUGUUAGUCGUGAUCAUCGUGGUGUCGUUGCUGUCCAACGUUGUGGUGCUGAUUUGCUUUUUGUAUAACGCAGAGAUUCGCAAACAGGUGCCGGGCUUGUUCAUCCUCAAUCUCACUUUCUGCAACCUGCUGCUCACGGUGUCCAACAUGCCCCUGACUCUUGGAGGACUCAUCUACAAUGGUCACCCGGGCGGGCACGGAUUCUGUCAGAUAGUGGGAUUCCUGGACACCUUUCUAACCACUAACUCGAUGCUGAGUAUGGCUGCUCUGAGCAUAGACCGGUGGGUGGCUGUGGUUUUCCCGCUAAGCUACCACUCCAGGAUCCGGCAUCGGGACGCCGUGAUUGCUCUCGGCUACACGUGGAUUCACUCGCUGUCUUUUUCUGUAGUAGCAUCGUGCCUCUCCUGGGUGGGAUACCAUCAACUCUACGCCUCGUGCACCUUGUGCAACACCCGAGCGAGCGGCAUGAGGACCCAAUUUGUCAUCUACACGCUUGUUUUACACUCGGUCACGUUCCUGCUGUCUCUGGUCGUGCUCUGCGUAACGUAUCUCAAAGUGCUGAAAGUGGCGAGGUUUCACUGCAAACGCAUUGAUGUGAUCACCAUGCAGACGCUGGUGCUGCUUGUGGAUAUCCACCCGAGCGUCAGGCAGCGGUGUCUGGAGGAGCAGAAGAGGCGCAGGCAGAGGGCCACAAGGAAAAUCAGCACCUUCAUCGGCACAUUCGUGGUCUGCUUCACCCCCUAUGUCAUCACCAGGGUGAUGGAGCUGUUAGAGUUGUUUCCCAUCAGCCCUCACUGGGGCGUGGUGUGCAAGUGUCUGGCCUACAGCAAGGCGGCGUGCGACCCCUUCGUCUACUCCCUCCUGCGUCACCAGUACAGGAAGACCUUCCACGACAUCAUGAACCGCCUGCUGCGGAGACGCUCACUCACCACACGCAGGCUGGAGAACGGCAGAGCCUGGAAGAGAGAGAAGGAUGACAGGACCAGAGAGGAGGAGAUGAAGGAGAAGGCUGAGGAGAAAGAGGAGACAGGAGAGACGGAGAGGAAAGGCAAUAUGACGACAAAGAGCAAUACCAAGGAACUGAGUGGCACUACAAAAGGAACAGGAGUGAGAAAGUGAGAGAGAGAGAGUGAGUCAUCAGCACGUCUUCUAAAAUCCAUGCGAGAGGGCUCCCGCGGGC